CUGUUGAAAAAGAGGUCUUUUUUUGUUAUAUCAUUGAACCUCACAAGCAUGUCUGGAAGAGGGAAACAAGGCGGCAAGACCCGUGCUAAGGCAAAGACUCGCUCAUCCCGUGCCGGUCUCCAGUUCCCAGUCGGUCGAGUUCACCGUCUGCUGAGGAAAGGUAAUUAUGCCGAGCGAGUGGGAGCCGGUGCACCGGUCUAUCUGGCCGCGGUACUGGAGUAUCUGACGGCUGAGAUUUUGGAGCUCGCCGGAAACGCCGCCCGCGACAACAAGAAGACCCGCAUCAUCCCCCGCCACCUGCAGCUGGCUGUACGCAACGACGAAGAGCUCAAUAAGCUGCUCGGUGGUGUGACCAUCGCCCAGGGAGGCGUUCUGCCCAACAUCCAGGCUGUACUGCUGCCCAAGAAGACUGAGAGCCACAAAUCGGCCAAGAGCAAGUAACGUGAUGCUGGCAGCUUCCACCACAGAUCCGAUAUGUACCCGACACACAACACAAAGGCUCUUCUUUGUGUUGUGGUAGUACACACAGCUCCCAGGAGAGCUGUGUGUACUACCAUUGUCAUUUACUGUAUCGCUAGCCGCGCUUUUAUUAACCACACUUCAUUCACAGACUGUGGUGCAGGGAACAGGAUCAUUCUGUAUUAUACAUUACACAUGUAUGAGCUUUAGCUGCUAUAUCAUUUGCAAAUGUUACGAUGCUCUCACUUCCGGCGCUCUUUCCAAUUGUGGUUUAGUCUAGUGAUCGCAUAAAUGUUCCCUCUGCUAUCACUGCAUUCUGCCAUUGAGGCCCCUUCAGCUUUUCUGGGACGUGCACUGAUCGUAUAUAGCCGGGAUUUCCUACCUAAGCUCGGCUUUGUGUGCGAGUGAUCUAUCUUAUCACACGGCGCAAUGAGAAAACGAUAUUCUCUAUCCGUGCGCUCCUCACUGCAGGAGACAUGCUGGAAAAGCAGCAAUUCUCCAAGGCGAUGUAUCGGGAACACUGGUAUAACCGUGCUCUGGCCGUCAUGGAAUUAUUUCAUACAUACUGUGUAAACAUUUCUUUAUCCCUCUGGCUUUUGUUUAUCUCUUCAUCAUAACGUAUACAUGUAUUAGAUUUGUCCAGUCAGU